CRGUGAAUAAUGUUCUAAAUUUAGAGCAUUUGGUAAUAUAACAAACUCAUACUACAUUUUGAAUUGAGAAUAGCAAGCAUGGACGACAGUGCACCGUCUAAAAUAAGGACAYAUCACGACGAAGCUUUCAGGCUCAUUAAUGAAGCUUUGAGUUUUGACGAGAAAGGAGAAACAAAGAAAGCAUUUCUUCUGUACAAUAAAGGACUAAGAAAUCUCACUUUGGGAAGCACUGUGCCAUGUAAUGGAACUGGAUCCAGCUAUGAAGGAGCAAGAAAAUUACAAGAGAAAAUGAAACUGGCAAAGGGGCAAGUGGAGGAAAGAAUUGCCUCUCUACAGUCAACUUCAUCAGAUUCAGCUAACUCUGUUGCUACCACACAAAGCUCUGAAUCAAUUUCAAAUGGAGUAGACCACUCRACCCUUACAACAACUGCACAGGGUGGAAUGUGGGAGGAUGUGAACGAGCUUCUGGUCUUGGAAAGAGGUGUUAAGAUGUUCUUUGUCAGUGAAUUGGGAAAUGUUACAACAUUGUCAGAAGCACAGACACUUCGUGCCUAUCAAUUUGUAAAAUACGAAGAAGGUUGUCCACACCCACCUGCUUUCUUACAAUGUAGUGGUUGGGUCUUUCCCAUGAUACCCAAAAGAUCCCCAGUUCUCAACACUGAGCCCCACACAUAUAUGUUCCCUGACAUAGCAAUCAACCCAAAUGUUCCUUUGCCAGCUCGAUCCAAGAAAGCUUUUGCAUCGGUUGGCUUAAUUCUUAAUCCUCACAUAACCACAGCAGAACAAAAGAGGUUUGAGAGAAUAUUAGAAUGUUAUACAGAUUUUAAUCACUACACACCAACUCCUAAAGUAUACAAGGAACUGGCCUGUGAUGAUCAGGGAAGCUUGCCGACUGUCACAAGCACACAUGUUCAGGAAGGGUCARAGUUUUCUMAGCAAGGAAACCAAGCCRMGGAAAUGACACCGACCAUCAGACCAGAACCUGGAGAUGUUGCAAUUAGGGAUGAUGACGAGGUACAGCUUUCAUGGGGUGAUAAAAUAUCAAUGGGGAUAGGUGUAGCAGCAGAAAUGAUUGCUUGGGGUCUUGUCAAGGGUGCUGAAGCAGGAUCGCAAGUUGUACAUCAGGGUGGUGUUAAAAUCAGAUCGUCUUUAAAACCAAAUGAAACGCCAACAGAAGUAGAUGCAAAAGUACAAGAAAACAUAAGACAUGUCAAGUCUGUAGCAGGUGUUGCUUGUCAGGUCAGUAGUACUGUGGUGAGUGCUGUGGCUGCAAUGACUAAAGAACUUGCCAAAGCUGUUGCUCCAGUCGUAGUUGAAAAAGGAGGCAAGAUGUUACCAGAAGCUGUCAAGAAGAAGACUAGUGAUGAAAGCGGACAGAAGGCCGUCAAAGAAGCAGUCAAGGUGGCUGUCAGUGGUGCCUAUGGAUUUGCAGCAGUGUAUGAAGGACUUGAAARGUCUUGGAAGCUGUUGUAUAAAAGUCUGCAGCAUGCUACUGUACAAACAGUUGAUCACAAAUAUGGAUCUCAAGCUGGAGAGGCUGCUAAUAAUUCYCUAGGAGCUUUAGGCUUCGCGUUGCAGACUGCUUGGAAUGUGGAUAACCUCGGAGUCAAGGCCUUGGCUAAAAGGACUGCAAAGGAUACUGGGAAACAGUUGAUUAACGAAGCUGAAAAGAAAUACUUACCUCCGUCAGAGAGUAAGCCAGAGAAAUAAGAAUAUUACMUUUUAUAAUUUAAAUAGAAUUCAAUUUGCUAUAAAGCAAUGAUUCAGGGCUCGUACUAGAUCCCUAUAUGUACCAAUAAAAWCGUUGUUUAUAAAGUAGAUAUAACGCGCACUCUAAUUGGCUCAUUUCUGUGAACAWUAAAGAGAUAAAGUGGUUUUCAUUAUUAAAGUGUUAUACAACAAGAAAAGACAGAAAAACGUGAGAGUAGAGACUUGUAAAUCGAUGUAUGAGAACCACUUGACACCAAAUUUAGCUCUCUUGUUUGUCUGUUUGUUUGUUUGUUUUUUCUGAGCUAGUGAACAAAAAUGAGAAUACAGAAACACGGUUUCGCUUUGAACUCGUGAUUCAAAACAUUUCGUGUACUCCCAGUAAUUACUGUUCCUAGCAGAGAAUAGAAACAUGGAAAAUAUCUACGAAUGCUUAAAUAUCAUUGAAGCUAACCCUGAAGGGGAAUUUCAAUACUCAGAAAUCGAAAUACUCAAAAACGAAUGUAUCUGCCAAGGCAUGUGCAGGCAAUCUUAUGGUACUGAAACACUGUUUUACUCGUUAUAUUUCAAGUGCAGGCAAUCUUAUGGUACUGAAACACUGUUUUACUCGUUAUAUUUGAUUUUUUUAUGCUCCUUUUCAGUCUUAGCUUUGUUGAUGUAAAAUUUUUAUGAAUCCUAUAUCACGUUUUUUCAAGUGUAUAUAAUAACAUUGGAUACUGCAAGGGUUCCUAUUUUAGAGAAAUUUAAUAUUAUGCCAACUUUGUGACGUAGGUUUGCCUGACAUUUAUCACAUGCAUUGUUUUAAUGUUGUAAAUCUGUACAAUAAUUUCGACAGCUAGUACAUCUUUUUUUAAGUUAUUUUUUUUAUGUUCUAAUGUACCAUUUCUGGUAUUUGUAGAUUAAAGAAUUAUUAUUAUUAUGCAUUAACACUGCGRCAAUUUAUAACCAAAUCUACGUCACAAAAUUUGCAUAAUGCUUUUUUAAAGCUGAUUUUUCCUGAAAUUUCAUAGGCUACCCAACUAUUGCUUGAGAAAAAGAAAAGAAUGAAUGCGCACGCUUUUUACGCUAGUAUCGCUAGUACUAGUAUCGGCGCGCGCUCUUAGUGAAAUACGGAUUACCUGUGGUAUUACGUCACGUCCCGUGCCUCGCGGGAUACAAACAGACUAGUUUGUAUCCCGCGAGGCUCUGGAUCGUGACGUAAAGUAACCCGAAGCGCGCGCCGUUUCGAAAACAUACCCGCGAGGCAAGGGAUCAAUGACGUAAUACCACAGGAAACCCGCAGCGCGAUGCGAUUCGAUAACAUAAUAUAAAAGCGUGCGUAUUCGUUCUUUUCUUUCUCUCAAGCAAUAGUUGGGUAGCCUAUGGAAAUGUGGAGUCUGUAUCGAGGUUUACUUUGGCAAAGUUAUUAUUCUCUUCAUAGUAUUUGCAAUUUAAAACGUGCCAUAUGUARGUUUACAUCAGCUUAUGAUUGGCAAAACAAAGUUUACUUUUAGRCUAACAUAUGGGCUGUCCUAAAAUAUAUUAAAUAUGAAUAGUCACAAAAUUUAAAACAUGUUAAACGUUUUGUAUAUUGAACACAUUUGUAAUUUUAUUAUGACAUUAAAAUACAUGAAUUKAGA